CAUUUCUGUUCUCACUUGCCAACUUCGGAUCGGCAUUUGUACCCUCAUUGUUCUUUCUAUCUACUUUCAUCUGGACAACUCUCGGCAAUAUGCCCUACAAACUUUCUGCUACACUUGCCGCUCAUACUUUAGAUGUGCGCGGCGUAGUGGCACCGACGAACGACCUCGUCUUGUCUGCAUCGAGAGAUUCCACCGCGAUUUCGUGGCAACGCUCUUCAUCGUCCUCGCCCUUUGCUCCAGAGUCGGUGUUGCGUGCGGGGUCGCGAUACGUAAACGCGGUGGCGUAUAUCUCAUCAUCCGUGGAGAAUUCGAAGGGAUAUGCUGUUACUGGCGGCCAGGACACCGUGAUUAACGUCUUCUCGCUAGAUUCUCCCAAGGACGAUCCCGAUUACACUUUGUUGGGUCAUUCGGAGAAUGUUUGUGCAUUAGAUGUGUCGGCUGGCGGUACUAUCAUAUCGGGCUCGUGGGAUAGGACGGGCAAAGUAUGGAAAUCCUUCCAGUUGGCGUACGACUUGAAGGGACACGACCAGUCUGUGUGGGCUGUCCUGGCUGUCGAUGAAGAGCAGUUCCUAACGGCAUCCGCGGAUAAAACCAUUAAACUCUGGCAACAACAUAAAUGCAUUUCCACUUUCAAAGGACACCGUGACGCCGUUCGCGGCUUGGCUCUGGUUCCUGACAUUGGCUUUGCUUCUUGUUCAAAUGACAGCGAAAUCCGUGUUUGGACACUUGGUGGCGACCUUAUUCAUUCAUUAUCGGGUCAUACAUCUUUUGUUUACAGCCUAUCCGUACUACCUAACGGUGACAUCGUUUCCGGCGGCGAGGACCGAUCUGUACGUGUUUGGAAAGACGGGGAAUGCACCCAAGUCAUCACACACCCUGCUAUAUCCGUAUGGACUGUAUCCUCAAUGCCUAAUGGUGACAUUGUUAGUGGCUGUAGUGAUGGAGUGGUGCGCGUAUUCAGUGCCUCCGAAGAGCGCUGGGCAUCAGAAGCAGACUUGAAAGCAUACGACAGCGCUGUAGCUAGUCAAGCUCUUCCCUCCCAACAGGUAGGAGAUGUGAAAAAAAGUGACCUUCCUGGCCCAGAAGCACUGAGUACUCCAGGUGAUGCGCCCGGUAAGGUCAAAAUGAUCCGGAAUGGUAAUGUUGUCGAAGCACACGAGUGGGAUGCCACUAGUUUCACAUGGAAAAAAAUUGGAGACGUUGUUGACGCGGUCGGCCAGGGUCGGCGACAGCUCCAUGAAGGCAAGGAGUAUGACUACGUAUUUGACGUUGACAUUCAAGACGGGGUGCCUCCUUUGAAGCUCCCUUAUAACGCCUCGGAAAACCCAUAUGCUGCCGCCCAACGGUUCCUUGAAAAGAACGACCUACCACUAAGCUAUAUCGAUCAGGUGGUACGGUUCAUCGAGAAAAAUACCUCCGGUGUAAAUCUGGGGUCCGGUGGAGAGGAAUAUGUGGAUCCAUUUACGGGUGCGUCCCGGUAUAGAAGUUCUGCUGCUUCUGUUCCCGCUUCAGGCCCUCCAUCAGCCUAUGUGGAUCCUUAUACCGGCGCUUCUCGGUAUAUGGCGAGUUCUUCCACUCCCGCGACGGCUCAACCUGCUUCCUCUUCUGCCUACAUGGAUCCUUUCACUGGCGCGUCAAGGUACUCCGGUGCACCACCCCAGAGCGCACCGCCGCCGCCCAAACCGUCAAUUCUGCCAGUUCCGACUCCCUUGACAUUCAAGCAGGCCAACGUAUCUGCAAUGCAAAGCAAACUCUUCGAGUUCAAUGAUAGUCUGAGCCAUGAAAUUUCAACUGCCACGUUGGCCAUGUAUCCUCAAGAGGUCACGGCUGUCGACGAUAUCUUUGUCUAUUUGUCAACGGUUUCGCCGACGUCAUCAGGACCCUCAUUGAUGUCUGCUUCACAUGCCGAUGCUAUCUCACACAUCCUAGAAAGAUGGCCUCAGUCGCAGUUGUUCCCUGUUCUUGAUUUAGCUCGCCUCAUGACCGGGUUCUGCCCGGAUGUUUUCGCAACAUCCGGUGCAAGGAACCAGCUCUUACAGACUCUGCUCACGGCCGGGGAAUGGGACUCUCCUUGGGUGGCCCCUUUAAGCAGGGACCGGCAGACAAAUGUAUCGCUUGUUUUGAGGGCUCUGGCGAAUACGCUUCAAGAGAAAGCCCAGAUAGACGAGACGUGGCCGAACGGGAUAUUGCAAGCUUUGGACGCAGUUGAUUUUCCUGUGUUGGAUAAGAGAAACCGGCUCCCGUUGGCUUCUCUUUUGUUCAACAUCUCAUGUGUAGCCCUCCGCACACAGUUACCUCCAGACCAGCAUGAGCUUCACAUCACAUUGACACUUCGGCUUCUACGGCUGGAGAUAAACGAAUCGGAAGUUGUUUACCGUGGCCUUGUCGGGCUUGGCAAUGCGCUACUUGCAUUGAAAAGACAGGGCUCGACCACCUCUCAGGUGGACGCUAUCCCACCAAUACUCACUUCUCUGGAAAACAAGUAUCCGGAGGAGCGGGUCCUGAAUAUAAUUCGAGAGAUCUCCGCACUGUAAGAAUGGGAUAUAGGUUGUUUAUGUUCUCUCCUUUCUCGUUGUUCAUGGAUUUAGAAUCUGGACCAUAAUAAGAGGGCUCUUCUCUACGUGAUAUCAGUUUUUUCUUUCUUUCCUCCUGCCGACUCAUGCUAGCUUUACUUUGUGCCUUUUCGUGGAAUGGUUUCGCGGUUUUGCGCUACUCUUGAAAGAUGAAUUGUGAUAUUAAAGACUGGGAUAUAAUGACGAUGUAUCAAACACGGAUGGUACCUAUCCUUAUGUGCUAGUCUACUAGUACUAGUGACAUGAUUGUGGUUUCGGGUGAUGGAGAAUCAGAAUCGGCGUUUAUCUGC